GAAACGAAACUUUUCCUGUUUAACCAGGAGCUCGUGUAGCUAUGUGGAGAUGACUGCGCAGAGAUUUAUCUGCAAACAGCGUAUUCCUGAACGAAACCCGGAAAUCGUGCUAUUCUCCAAGACCUUAGACGGGGGAAUUCAAGAUGAAGUGCCCGGCGUGUGAUCAUGUUUUGGUGGAGGAAAAAGCCAAAUUCUGCAGCGAAUGUGGCUUCAAAUUGCCGCAAGUUGCAGCUCAGUCUCCACAGGCACCUCCAGUAUCUGUGGAACAGGGGGAAAGUGGAUCAGGGUCCAAGGUGGAAGAAGAGGAGGCAAACAACAACCCGACAGCUAAUGCUUCACCGAAACGGCCGAACGAGGACGCCAAGGAGAACCCAAAGAAAAAGAGAAAAAAGAAGAAGAAAAACAGGAAGAAGACCAACGAUAGUGAGGACCCUGCCUCGCUGACCUCCGACCUCUCCGACAUCUCGCUGGUCGACAGAAAAAGUGAGAAAAUGCAAGAUGGGGCGGGGUCGUCUGACAGCGAGAGCUCGGUCAGCGCGAUGGACGAGAGGCCCGAUUCACUGCAGGACCAGGGUGGGGCUACAGACGAUCUCACUGAAGGCAGCCCAUUGGAUGAGACCGGUGCCCAUCAGCCGUGCGCCGCGCCCUCACCCAGUCCUCCCGCGCAGCGGCCCCACGCAGACGAAAGCCAGUCUGCAAGCGAGGACGCUGUCCAGAGCAUGGAGGAAAACGGCGAACCCCAGAAGCCUGAAAAGCGAUCCUACAAGGCAGCUCUGACUGCCACGCCCGCUCCUCCCUCGAAAUCGGGGGCGGAUCCCCCCAAGCACCCAGGUCCCUUGAGCAAGGAGGAGGGGACUCCAAAGGCAGCGAAAAGCAAGCAGCAGGCAGACAGCGACAAGAGCACAAAGGGGAGGAAGGAUGCGGUAAACACGCAGCAGGCCGCCGCCGGUCAGAACGCCAGCCUGGACCAGAACGCCAACGUGACGAAUCUAACCAAGAAGAAAGGCCCGGCCUCCCAACAGAACCAGGAAGCCAAGACGGGGCCUUCGGGAGACAAGAAGAUGGUGUUUGGUCCUCAGAGCAGGACAGAGCAGACCCCCAGCAGGGCCACGGGCGGUGGCGAGCCGAAGGUGAAGGUGGAGCAGGCGCAGGUACAACGGUCUGCCAGCCCGGCCAGAGCCUCCACCACGAGAGCCCAGACCCGAGGGUCCCAGAAGGAACAGAGGGACAGCCCGAACGAGGACAGUGAGGCUGUGGCCCAGAAACAGGACGUCCCACCACCCAAACGGAUAGCCCCAGCCAGUCAGCAGAUACCUGCUAGCGAGAGGCUCACCAUCUACUUCCACGCUGUGCUCUCGAAGGACUUCAAGUUUGACCCGGAUGAGGACAGAGUGUUUCUGCGUGCAGGGGGCAGGAUCGGCUCCUGGGACUCCAACAGCGUGGAGCUCACUGUGUCCCGGGAUCUGGGAGAUCAUGGGUUUUUUGUGGAAGGAAGCCUGGUGACAACCAAAGUCACUGCAGCUGAGAUUUCCAUACCAUACAAAUACCUGGUCUAUAAGAACAAAAAAGAAAAGUACGAGUAUGAGUAUAUCUAUAAACUGGACACAGAGCAAACAACCAACAGAUGUCUCUUUAUCAACCGUCAUUUGCUCAGCGCAGAAGGUGAAUGGCACCAAUAUGACGACAUCAUUUGUUCCGAGCCGUCCAAGAAUGUGCUGAAACGCCUGAAAGAAUAUAUGUGGCCUGAUCAAAGGAGGAAAGUUGUCCAGGGCCGAGAGAUUGCAGGCAACAUCAUGCUGGAAACCAUCUUCGAUCUCCUCCGCAGUUGGAGUCACAUUAACGUUAAGGCGUUCAUCUCCCAGCUUAGCCAGUUCCACCAGGUCUUCUCAAACCCCUUUGUGUAUGAAGAGACCCAUAAAAAGUGGUAUUCUUUAGACUACGGUGAUAAAGAGGUGAACAGCCUGCUGAAGCAGUUCGUGUUGGAACAUGUGACUCCUCAGCUGGAGAAGGCUGGAGACAGGAAAAGCGCCUUUAUCCAGGACCCCCUGAAGGCUGCCAUGAUCACGCUGUACGUCUGGAGGAGGUACAGCUUCAAGCUGGACAACGGGGAGCUGUCCCGCCUCUGCACGGCACUGUGCCUGCCCAAACUGCCCAAAGAGGAGUUCAUCCCGUACUGGACAGAUUUCGUCCAAUCGUUCUCCUGUGUGAAAAGCUUGUCAGAUGUGGUGGCGGGGUUGGUCACCACGGUGAAGUCAGAGGGGAUGGUCCGUUGGAUACUGGCCAUCCCGUUGCUGCACCUCCUCAAGGGGUCCUCCACACCCUUUGAGCCCGUCACUCCCACCUCCAACCCAAAGUACGACGUGACCUGGGCUGGCCUGGAGGGACUUAAGAUGGGCAGUGCCACGACCACCACAAGCCAGGACAGGAGGGCGUUGAUAAACCUGAUGAAGGGGAGGGGGCACCUGUUUGAAGUGGACGCGCUCCUGGCACGCUCCUGGCUCUGGCUGAUGAGUGUGGAGGAGCUGGUUGAGUGCAGCUCCACCGUUCCGGUCGGCCUGCUGGACUUCCUGCACGCCUUCACCCUGAGGGCACCUGCAGAAGUGUCGUACUCCACCUCUCAGAGCGUGUCUGACACACUUGCACAUAUUCACAAGAAUCUUGUUGAACACGAGUACAGUUGCUGCAGUGAGGAGUAUGGGAGAGCAUGCCUGGCAUCAUCAAUAAAACUGCUGGAAAAAAUCUGCAGAGGAGUCAAAUCACCAGCCUACUCUCAGGACAACAGGGAGAUACCUGUGGCCUGCAUGAACCUGGUCGUACUGGUUUCAGACUUCGGCCGGUCUUUCAAGACGGGGGCCACUGCAGAUAUGGGCGGAGCUGGGAUGAAAGUUAAGGACAGAGAGCUGCUGGGGACGGCUAUGAAUGUCAUGAGGAAUUGGAUUGGUCAGACCUUCAGGCAAAAACUGAACAGCGGCUACUACAGUGUCCAGCUGACAUCAGAGAUGGAGAUGUGGAACAACAUAAUUGGGCUCAGUUUUGGAAGUGAGGAAUUCACAAGGGAAUGGAGGCAAACAUUUAUGACAGAUUUUGAAGGGAAAUUUAAACGGGAGUCUGCACUGGAUCAAAUUGACAUCUACUGUUCUAAAACUGAAGAAAUUAGUGACUCUUAUCCUCAUGUUGCAAAGAGUAUUGAGAAAUGCGCUUUAGAGGCAGUCAGCCAUGUUUGCCAGCAAAAGUCGGAGGCAAAACUUUUUGAGCGAUUCAAGAUAAACUGGAAAUUCGGGAAGCUGGUGUCUGCCAUCAUUGAGAAGUCCUGGCCCAGAGAUGCUCAGGGGCAGUACCAGGAGGGCGAAGAGAUGGUUCUGCAGCAUCUGCUCAGCUGGAACGCUGCCAAGAAUAUCUUUCAGCUGCACGGUGAUGCUGACGAGAAGCUGAUCGAGCAGCUCUCCGUCGAGGCCAGUGAGAGAAUCGCCAUGGCGAGCUCGGCGUUCUCUGCCGUUUCCAACAAGCUCCUGCGGGGCAACAUAGAGAUCAAGAUGCUCAAUCACAUCCUGCAGAAGAAGGCCACCUUCAUCGAGCUGCUGAAGAUAGACUGCCUCUCGGACAGCGAGCGGUGCAAGGACAGCGCGUCCAUGCGGAGGCUGCUGCAGUGGAGGCAGGAGGAGGUGAAAGCCGUCUACCACGAGAGGGAGCUGGUGGACAGCCUCAUCAGCAUGUGCCGCAAGCUGCAGGAGCACAUCAAAGUCGAUGGCCUGCAUGGCCUGGAGGCAAGGCACCACACAAACAUCGAGGCAAUGACCCUGGACCAGUUCAUGGAGGUUCAUCAGCUCGAUGAGCUCGCCACCGCCAAGACGGGCGUGGUCACCUACUUCGAUCUUCACGAAGACACAAGGGAGAUGGCGGGGGUCUUGCACAUGCUGAAGGACAGCUACAUUUUCAAGAUGUGCUGGGAGAAUCAGGCAAAGCACCUGUCCAGGAGAAACCAGGAUGAAGAGGAAGAUGAUGAGGACGAUUACAGUGAUGAGGAGGGAGAGCAACAGCUUGAGCCAUUGGCCACGCCCAGCGUGAUAUACGCUGACAUUUAUCAGCCGAGCUACGGUAAAUACCAGACAAUCUACUCAGAUCUGAAAGAGGGCAGUCUCAGGCUGGAGGAAGUGGAUGUCAUCUUCGAGGCCUACAAGGGGAAGUAUGAAGACCUGAGGGAGGAGCUGGAGAUCAUGUGCAGGACGGAUCGCUCCACAGAGACCAACUGGAUCCAGCGGCGGAUCCAGCAGAUCGAGCAGUACCACGAGAUCCACCUGGCCGUGGAGUCGGCCCUGGUCAUUAAGAAGGUGCAGCAGACACUCUGUCUGCAGGGGGAUUUCCAGGUCCUGGAGAGGCUGCUUCAAGUUGCUGAUGUGAACUUUAAAAAGGAGAGUCUGGAUCGCAUUGAUCAUAACUUGAUACACGCCAAGAAGGUCCUGGUAGACAUCACUGAGUCACGCAGACAGUGCCUUCAGGAGCUUGGGGAGAGGAAGAACUUCGUCAUGUGGGUCAAAGAGGCCCUGGAAGAUAUUAAUGAGCUGAAAGUGUUUGUGGACCUGGCCUCCAUCUCUGCCGGAGAGAAUGACCUGGACGUUGACCGCGUUGCCUGUUUCCAUGACGCUGUCCUCGGCUACUCCCCGAUGCUCUACGAGCUGAAGCCUGAGGCAGGUUUCCAGGCCUUCAAAGACACGCUGAAAAAACUGUGGAAGGCACUCGACAAUGAUCACAAUCUCCCCAAGAAGCUGCGGGAUACUGCUCGCCACCUGGAGUGGCUGAAGACGGUGAAAGACAGCCACGGAUCUGUGGAACUGUCGUCCCUUUCCCUGGCAUCAGCCAUCAACAAGAAAGGCAUUUACAUCAUCAGCGCGCAAAACCAGAAGAGGUUGAGUCUGGACACAGCUCUGAAGCUGCAGAUGCUGGAGGAGCACGAGGAGGGGCAGGAGGUGCGCUCCUAUUCGCUGGAGGACCUGCGAGAGCUGCAGAACAAGCUGAUGCUCAUGUCCGGGAAAGGGGAACAGGGCCAGGGGGAGGUGGACCACUUUGCAGAGGUCUUCGCUGGUGUUCAGAGACUGGCUGCGGCCUUCGUCGAUCUGUACGCUGCCGGGAACCCGCUGUUCAGGCACUGGGAAGCCAACAUCAACUGCAGCACCCUCAGCGAGGAGGCGAGCAUCAUCAUGGACUUCAACCUGGCCGGCCCCGUGGGCGAGCUGAUGGUGAGGGGCAGCGUGCUGGAGCAGCUGCCUGAGCUCUGUAAGAAGAUGGAGAGGUGCUUGAAGUUCUGGCGGAACUUCAUGGACCAGCAGAGAUCCCAGCACUACUACCUCAACUACUACACCGCCGAGCAGCUCGUCUACCUCUGCAGCAGCCUGACCCAGCAGAACGUGAGGAAGGUGGACGACCAAGUUCUGAUGGUGCUCUCCUUCGUCAAGCCCAACUGCGGCGUCAAUCACCUGAGGCAGACGUGGCACAGUCUUCAGUAUGAGAUCCUCACCAAGGAGCCGGAAAGAAAUGAGGAUAUUGACUUUCAGACCUUCGUGGAGAUCACUAACAGCAUGGAGGUGGGUCCAGCGUUUGCGGGAGAAGGUGACCUCCCCCCUGUUGACCUGCCAAGUCUUGUGGACCAGGCUAGCGGCUCAGGAAAACUAGACCUGGUGUGGAACGCAUACAUGAGAGACAUGCAGAAGUUUCUCCCGGACUCCUUGGACAUUAGAAGCCUCGGGCGGCUCUUGGAAAUACUUGCCAACCAAGAGGACGAAGAGGAGGAAGAGGAGGAGGUGAUUAUCGUGGAGAGGAAGGAGAACGCUGUUCGAAGGGUCCUGCCGAAAGGCCUGGCGUGCGGGCGCCCGAACCUCGUCAUCUGCCCCCGGGCGGAAGUGCUGGCGUCCUGCGUCAGCAUCUACAUGAGCAGCAAAGGCGAGCCGCUCCCCACCUGUGAUGAGGUGCUCCUGUGCACCGCCGCCACACCGUACGAGCUGGUGGAGCUGUUCCUGAGGCGCUGCCUCACGGCUGGCUACAGGGGCGAGAAGAUCUACACCCUGUUGUACGCUGAGGAGCUGGCCUACGAGGUGAGCUUCAGGAUGGAGCAGCUCUUCCAGCGGCUGGAGAUGCAGUGCCGGAAGGACUACAAGCUGGUGAUCAUCUGCAGCGCUGACCGAGAGCACGCCUACAUUCCCUCCGCCUUCAGCCAGUACCGGCUGCACAUGGUGCCCCUCGAACCCUUGGACCAGAUACAGAGCUACCUGUUCCAUCACUACAGAGUCCCAUUGGAUCUGCCCAGCGCCGCCUCCGUGUUCCGGGACAGGCUGUUUGUUGGGAUCGUGUCAUCCAAAAGAGCUGGAGUGGGUAAAUCCCUGUAUAUUCAGAGGUUGUAUGAGGACCUGAAAAAAAAUACCAAGAGGCCCUCGCUGCUCAAAUGCAUCCGUUUGAUUGAGCCCAGCGUUGAUGAGAAUAUCAUCCUUCAGUCCUUGCUGAACACCCCCAAGAAAAAGGAGCUCACAAUCUUCCAUUUAGAUGUCACAUCCUCAGUGCAGAAAGGCUUGUAUGAAUUUCUGUUCAAGCUGCUGGUGCUGCGCUAUCUGAUGGAUUCUGAAGGCCGGAUGUGGAAGUGCAGCAACAAGCACUUGUAUGUCAUUGAGAUCUUGCAAUCCACAGAAAAUGUUCCCAGAAACAGUGCAAGAGCUAAUACAAAUGUACACUUUGCCUUCCUGGAUGUCUUCCCAAAAAUCUUCUGCCGCCCCCCAAAAGAGGUCCUGGAAACAGAGAUGAGGAUGCGGGAUGACCCCACCAUGGAUAAGGUCGAAGACCCACUCAUGGAUGACCAGGAGUUCAGAAGUGAAGCCUACCAAAGACCUUACCAGUAUCUAAAAAGGUUCCACAACGGUGACAAUCUGGACAACUUUAUGUAUCAAGGCGUUGAAGGGACCCAUGUGGAGUGCAUGCAGAUGUUUUUCGUCUACUGUGGCAUCGUGGAUCCGUCAUGGGCGGAGCUGAGAAACUUUGCGUGGUUCCUCAACUUGCAGCUGCGAGACUGCGAGACGUCUGUCUUCUGCCAGGUGGACUUCACAGGGGACACCUUGCAGGGCUUCAAGAACUUUGUGGUUGACUUCAUGAUUAUGAUGGCGAAGGAUUUUGCCACACCCUCGCUCAGCAUUUCCGAUCAGAGCCCCGGGAGGCAGCAGAUGGACCUGACCGGCGUCAGCGAGGCGGACCUGGCCCCCUUCCGCAUCCGGAAGCGCUGGGAAUCGGAGCCGCACCCCUACAUCUUCUUCAACGACGACCACAUCUCCAUGACGUUCAUCGGCUUUUACCUGCAGGUGAACGAGCAGAACGGGGUGGAUGCGGUCGACCCCUCGGGGAAGACGGUCAUCAAGAGGAACGUCAUGAGCAGGGAGCUGUACGAGGGCCUCAAGCUGCAGCGGGUGCCGUUCAACAUCGACUUCGACCAGCUGCCGAGGGGCGAGAAGAUCGAGCGUCUGUGCAACGUGCUGGGCAUCCAGUGGCCGCUGGACCCCGACGAGACCUACGAGCUCACCACUGACAACAUCCUGAAGAUGCUGGCCAUCCAUAUGCGCUUCCGCUGCGGCAUCCCCGUCAUUAUCAUGGGGGAGACGGGCUGUGGGAAGACGCGGCUCAUCAAGUUCCUCUGUGAGCUGCGGAGGAGCGGCGUCGCCACGGAGAACAUGAAGCUCAUCAAGGUUCAUGGGGGGACCACCUCGGACAUGAUCUACAACAAGGUGAGGGAGGCGGAGGCCAUAGCUUACACCAACAAGCAGGACUACGGUUUCGACUCUGUGCUCUUCUUUGACGAGGCCAACACCACGGAAGCCGUCAGCAGCAUCAAGGAGGUCCUCUGUGACGGCACGGUGGAGGGGGAGCGUCUGACCUCACACGCGGGCCUGCAGAUCAUCGCCGCGUGCAACCCCUACAGGAAACACUCGGACGAGAUGAUCCGACGGCUGGAAUCCGCCGGUUUGGGGUACAGAGUCCGAGCCGAGGAGACUGACGAAAAACUGGGGUCCAUCCCCCUCCGUCAGUUGGUGUACAGGGUUCAGGCUCUGCCCCCGAGCAUGAUCCCCUUAGUGUGGGACUUUGGACAGCUCAACGACCACACCGAAAAGAUGUACAUCCAGCAGAUAGUCCAGAGGGUCAUUGAGACCAACGCGAUCAACGCGCGCUACAUUCAAAUGAUCACAAACGUCUUGUCCUCCUCGCAGAAGUACAUGAGAACGAGGAAAGACGAAUGCAGCUUUGUCAGUCUCAGGGAUGUGGAGCGCUGCAUGCAAGCUUUUGUUUGGUUCUACUCCCAGCACCGCAUGCUGCUGGCCGAGCUCGCAGCGUUUUUGGACAGGGUCCAGAAGAGCGGGAGAAUGCAGAGAUCCGCAGAUGAACGCGAUCCGGUCGUGUGGUCACUGGUGAUGGCUGUGGGCGUCUGCUACCACGCCUGCUUGGAGAACAAAGACAAGUACCGGGCCAAAAUCUGCAAGCACCUGCCUGAAUCGUACAACCCACAGAAAGUCAUGCAGGAGAUCUCAAUCAUGCAAGACCUGCUCCUGAGCGGCGUCCCUCUCGGGGAAACCAUAGCGAGGAACAACGCUUUGAAAGAGAACGUCUUCAUGAUGGUGAUCUGCAUCGAGUUACGGAUCCCACUCUUCCUGGUGGGGAAACCUGGGAGCUCAAAGUCCCUGUCUAAGACCUUGGUUGCGGAUGCCAUGCAGGGCCAGGCGGCUCAUUCUGAGCUGUACAAAAGGCUGAAGCAGAUUCACCUGGUGUCCUUCCAGUGUAGCCCACACUCAACACCAGAGGGCAUCAUCAACACCUUCAAGCAGUGCGCCCGCUUCCAGGAGGGCAAGAACCUGAAGGAGUACAUCUCCGUGGUGGUGCUGGAUGAGAUCGGCCUGGCAGAGGACUCCCCCAAAAUGCCCCUGAAAACGCUCCAUCCCUUGCUGGAGGAAGGCUGCAUCGAUGACGAGCCGCUACCCCACAAGAAGGUCGGCUUCAUCGGCAUCUCCAACUGGGCCUUGGACCCCGCAAAGAUGAACCGAGGAAUUUUCGUAUCCCGUGGUGACCCGGAUGAAAAGGAACUGAUAGAAAGUGCAAAGGGAAUAUGCUCUUCGGACAAGAUGAUUCUGGAGAAGGUCCGAGACUACUUUCAGCCAUUCGCCCGGGCCUAUUUGAACAUCUGUCGGAAACAGGGCAAAGGGUUCUUUGGCCUGCGGGAUUACUACAGCUUGAUUAAGAUGGUGUUUGCCAUCACCCGAGCCACGGACCAGAGGCCCAGUCCGGAGCAGAUGGUGGAAGCUGUUCUGAGGAACUUCAGCGGCAAGGACGACGUCGACGCGGUGACCGUCUUCACCUCCCGACUGCACAUCAAUCCGAACCUGGACAGCAUCAGCGCCAUCGAGCUGGUGCGGCAGAACAUCUUAGCCAUUGGCCAGGAUGACGAGUGCCGCUACCUGCUGGUCCUGACCAAGAACUAUGCCGCCCUCCAGAUUCUGCAGCAGACGUUCUUCACCGACCAGCGCCAGCCGGAAAUAAUCUUCGGCUCGAGCUUCCCCAAGGACCAGGAAUACACCCAGAUCUGCCGUAACAUCAACCGGGUGAAGAUCUGUAUGGAGACUGGUCAGACUAUUGUGCUCUUGAACCUGCAGAAUCUCUAUGAAAGCCUCUAUGAUGCUCUCAACCAGUACUAUGUUUCUCUGGGGGGCCAGAAGUAUGUGGACUUGGGACUUGGGACCCACCGCGUCAAGUGCAGGGUGCACAAAGACUUCAGGCUCAUAGUCAUUGAGGAGAAAGAGGUGGUCUACAAGCAGUUCCCCAUCCCCCUCAUCAACCGGCUGGAGAAACACUACCUGGACAUCAACACGGUCCUCAAGAGUGACCAGAAGGAAAUCGUCAAAGAGCUGGAGAAGUGGGUGGGGAAGUUCAUCGCCCUCAGCAGCCAGCACUCAAUGGCCCCAAAUACGCACAAGUACGUGCCUGCCGACGUGUUCGUGGGCUACCAUUCCGACACCUGCGCCUCAGUGAUCCUGCAGGUGACCGAGAAGCUGAGGGGAGAGUCAGAGAUCUUGGACGGUCAGAGAGUCUUGGACGAGGCUAAGCUCGUCCUGCUGGACUGUGCCACGCCAGAUUCGGUGGUGCGGCUGGACUGUACCACCCUCUCCAGGGUGGAGACCGAGCACCUGGCCCAGAUGUACUUUGAGGAACAGAAGCACAGCUCCCUGGCUGAAUUCAUCCUCUCUCACACCCAGCAGGAAGAGUGGUGCUAUGCCUCCUUCACUGAGGUGACAACGUUCUCCAGGCUUUUGACGGUGUCAGAUAUCGGAGCACUCCAGGAGGCCACUGGCAACAUCGAGCUCCUCUCGUUACAGCAGUUUGACACCGAGCACUCCUUCCUCAAAAAGAUUAGGCAUUUUCUAGAUUCUACAUCAGGAUACAGAGUGCUCAUCAUUCAGACGGAUUUUAAUGAAGGCUCCCAGAGUGCAAACCUCAUUGCAUCCGCAAAGUAUUCUGCCAUCAAUGAAAUCAACAAAUCAAGAUUUGAGGAGAUGAAGGGGAAAGUGUUUGUGUACUUCAUCACCAAGCUGCCGAGAAUGGAAGGAGGGACUUCAUAUGUUGGAUUUCAUGGAGGCCCCUGGAAGUCUGUCCACAUCGAUGACCUCAGAAGGUCAAAGGACAUUGUCUCAGACAUCAAGGCCUUGAGAGGUCUAACUAUCAGCCAGCUCUUUGAGGAAAGGGAGGAAGCAAUGGAGGUGGAGGACAUGUACACAGAGAGAGAAGAGCCUGAAGAGCACUCGGAGCAAACGGGUUGGGAGGACAUCCUGGACACCACGGCGUUGGUGCGUAGCUGCGUGCAGAGCGCCGUGGGUGUGCUCAGGGACCAGGGCGAGGGCGGGGCCCGCAGCACCAGGAGGGUGGAGAUCCUGCUGUCGCUAUUGGCUGAAGGCGAGGAGCUGAAAGCUGUGUUUUUGAAAACCCUGAAGAGACGUCUCCACUCCCUGCUGGUGACCCACGAUGGCAACACCCUCUCGCCCAAGAACUGGGUGUUCAAGGAGGCGUCCAACAUCGACGCUCUGCAGGAGGGCGGGACGUUCAGACACACCCUGUGGAAGCGGGUGCAGGCUGUGGUCACUCCUCUGCUGGCCCAGCUAGUCUCCGUCAUCGACCGAGACCGCAACCUCGACCUGCUGCUGGACGGCAACACCGGGGAACCGCUCAAGAAGCUGUGGCUGGACAUCUUCGGGAACGAGAAGCUGCUGGACGUUCCUUACUCCAGGGUGGACCGCAACUCCGAGCCAAAGACCAUCCUGGUCCAGAGCUCCAUCGCGGCGGACCUGGACGAGGGCUGCAGGACGCCUUUCAGCUGGAGGAUCAGGGACUACCUGGACGAGCUGUGGGUCCACGCCCUGCAGCGGGAAGGCCACACCAUGCGGCAGUUUGAGGAGUUCUUCUGGAGGACGCCCCUGGGCCGGUAUGUGGCCGAGGCCGGGGAGGACAUGCAGACGGAGUUCUUCCAGCGCUACCUUUUGGAUUUUGUCUCCAUGACGAUGAAGGUGACCUCAGAGGGGGAGCUGCAGCUUAUGUGCACCGCGCUGACCUGCUGCGUGAACGAGCUUCGGGCCCAGCAGGACCCCCCGGAAGACGGGGUCGCCUCGCUACCCUGGAUUCACGCCGCGUACCAGCAGUUUAAGAACCGGCUGCAGAACCUGUGCAGGAUGAUGGCCAUGGAGCCCACGCUUGCCCAGGCCCUGAGGGGGAACGUCUACGCCGAGGAUGGGGUGGAGAUGGUGCUGGACGUCUUUGCCGCGGUGGCGAGCGUGGAGCACCUGGAGCCGCGAGCUCUGGACAGCGAGGGGCAGCGGCUGGCCUGGCUGCGGCAGGUGAAGCGGCUGCAGGUGCCCAUCGAGCUGGUCUGCGCCGAGGAGAGCGCCGUGCGCUAUGGACCGCGGAGCCGCGAGUGGGUGCAGACUGUAAGGAGCGGCUGGAACCGAAUCUUUUCCCUGUCUCUGUUUGUGGAGCGCAUUCUGCUGGGCAUUGAGAGCGUGGAGGAGAAGCUGCGGCCGCUGGUGUUGGAGCACACCCGCGGCCUGGGAAAGGUUCUGGAGAAGAACUCAGACCUCAAAACAGAGAAGCCUUUCCUGGCUGCAAUUGGCAUCCUCAAGGCGUGCAAAGAGGGAGCCAAUGACAGGAUUUUCAAGUUUGGGCGCCAGCCCUGCCCCGUGUGCAUGGGGGAUCCCCAGGACCCCGCCAGCCUGCCCUGUGACCACAUCUACUGCCUGGACUGCAUCAGGCAGUGGCUGAUCCCAGGUCAGAUGUUCUGCCCGCUCUGCAUACAGGAGGUUCCUGACGACUUCCAGCUGAGGGUGUCUGAGGACAUACGAGUUCGGAUUGGUCUGAACGCCCGGUUCAGGAACCAGUGCAACGCCUUCUUCAUUGACCUGGUCUCCACCAUGUGCUUCAAGGACAACGCCCCCCCUUCCAGAAAGGUCAUCUUUCACCUGCUGUCCUUCCUCAUGGUGGAGGCCAGCUCUGUGCCCAUCAUCCGAGGUCGUCAGGCUCAGGUGCUCACCAAAGCGCUGUCUCCGUUUGAUGACUCUGUGGACAAGAACCCGGUGGUGCGUUCGGUCAUUCUCAAGCUGCUGCUGAAGUACAGCUUCGGCGAGGUCAAAGGGUACUUGCAGCAGCACCUGACAGCUGUGGAGCGGAGCAACAUUUUGGAAGAAGCAGACAAAACCGAGCUGUACUCCUUGUACAUAAACUGUCUGGAGGACUCCAUGUUCGAGCGGAUGCAGUGUCACACGGUUGCCGAGAGACUGGCCUGCCUGAAGGACGAGAGGGCCUUCCUGCAGGAGUUCCUGCGCUCGGGCGUGGCGUCUGCGCAGACGGCCACCAUCGAGUACCUGCAGCAGAUCGCCAGGGUGCGCCUGUGCCUGGACAUGGCGGCACACCUGCUCAUCGACAGGCUGGCCUCCCCAGGAGCGCGUGAGGAGACCCAGAAUGGCAUCCCAGCAUUCCUGAGCAGCGUGAUGGACCUGUGUGGGCGCAGCGGGAAUGACUGGUACCGGGUCUACCUGAUCCGCAAGGUGUGCAGCCAGCAGGGGGUGGAGUUCGUCCAGAAUCUGCUGGCAGGGGCCGAUCUGAGGUGGAUGUUUCCAGAGGAGGUCCUCCAGCAGAACCAAGAGGGCGGCCAGAUGGACCACUACCUCGUGUGCGGAGAGGACUACAAGACCAUCCGUGAAGCUGUCGCCAAGGCGACAAUUGAAGGCAAAAUGGACAGAAUUGAUGAGGCGUGUCAGAGCUGUGGAAGUCCACCGGCAAAGCAGACAGCUUUCUUGCUGCUAGCCCUCUUCAGGGAGGUGACCACUCUCUACAGAGCAGCCAACGCUGGACUCCACCCCAAACCAGAGCUCUGUCAGGCCCUGCAGGAGUUCGUCCAGAGCUCUAAGACGCUGGCUGGCGACGAGGUGCGGGCCUUCGCCUCGGCCCUGGUGCAGAACCGCCUGGGCGCCCUGAGUGUGCGGGCCGACGCGCCGAGCUCGGAGCACGCCCUCAUCGAGCUGACCGUGCACCUGGCCGCGGUGCUCCUCUGUGGGAACAACGCCAUACUGACCCCCCUGAAGCUGCUGGCCCUGUCCCCUGCCCGCAUGCAGGAGGCCUUUCUACCCACAAUGCCAGAGGACAUGCUAGCCGUAGCCCGACAGGCCCUCGGCCCCAUACAGUGGUAUGCUUGUCCAAACGGUCACCCUUGCACUGUUGGUGAGUGUGGUCAGCCCAUGGAGAUGAGGAAGUGUCUGGACUGCGGGGCGGACAUCGGAGGGAUUUACCACAGACCGGUGCAGGGUUUCAGUGUGGUUCAUAAUGAGGGGGACCGUACCCAGACGGGGCACGUCCUGGGGGACCCCGGGAGGAGGGACAAUCCUGACAUGCUGGACACCAAGAACAUGUCCCCCGCCCCCUUCACCUUGGUCAGGCUGGUCACGCACAUGGCCAUGCUGCUGGGGACCUCAGACCACCUGCAGGAUAUAGCCCAGAUCAUCAAACCCCCGGUGCCAGCCCCGGCCGCCUUCCUGUCGGCUCACCUGCUGAAGGACGUGGAGCAGCUGGGCCGGACUCUGGGGAAGGGUGCCGAUGACACAGUCAGCGCCGUCCACCUGACACUCAGAGAUCUGCUGGACCCCCACCAGCCCGGCCAGUGGCCUGCUCCUUACGACAACCUCCUCUCCACCAAAGAGGCCAGAAAUGGCUGGGAGAUGGCCAUCGCAUCUGACAUCAUCACCCCUCAACUGAAGCACCUGGAGCGGCACCUGCGGGAGGUGAGUGUGCUCAUCCGGAUGGACUCGCGCGUCUCCUCCAGCCCCGUGGUCAAGGUGGCGUUCGGCGACCCCCGGCUCUUCCUGGCCGCGCUGCCCCGGGAUAACCUCAUCCACGGGGGUGCGGUGUGGAGCUGCAGGGAGAGGGUCUCUCUGCCCAGCCUGGCCCACAUCGUGGAGCAGAACGACGGCAGGGACACUCUGCCCGUCCUCUGGAGGUUCCUGCAGAAGGAGGCGGAGCUGCGUCUGGUGAAGUUCCUGCCGGACAUCUUGGCCCUGCAGUGGGACCUGGUGAAGAAGUUCCAGAAUGUGACAGAGGUGACCUAUGGCAGCAUUGGGGACUUCAUCCAGAGCCAGAGAGCAGAUUCACUGAAGUCCUGGUAUGAAAAACGGAUUCAAAUCUUCCUGACAGCGUGGAAUCAGCUCAGAUUGUCCCUGGCCACUAACGGAGAGAUAAAGAUUCCGGCGGAGUUCUGUGAGGAGGACCUUGACCUUAGCAGUGACCUCCACAUCCUGUUGCCACGGCGGCAGGGUGCAGGUCUGUGCUCUACGGCACUGGUCAGCUACCUCAUCGCCCUGCACAAUGAACUGGUCUACACUGUGGACAGGCACACGGGAGAGGAGACCAGCUACACAGUGAGCCCGGCGGACCUCAGCGACCUGCACGUGAUCCGGUACGAGCUGGAACGGGACGUCAUCCCCCUGGUCCUGUCCAACUGCCAGUACAGCAUGGAGCGCGGCCAGGAGACCCUGUCAGAGUACGACCUUCCCAAAAUCCAGCAGCAGGUCCUGACCCGCUUCCUGCAGGGCAAGCCCCUCAUCAGCCUGACGGGAAUCCCAACACUGGUGAACAGACACGACCGGAACUAUGAAAACAUUUUCAAGGAUGUCAAAGGGAAGGUUGGACAGGAGUCGCUGCCUGCCCUGACCCUGGCGGCGCUGGCGGGGGAGCUGCAGUCGUACAGUGAUGUGUGUGAGGCGCUGAGGGUGGUGGAGGUGGCCCUGGGGUUCCUGGCCAUGACGGGCGGAGACGCGCAAACGCAGCUGGUCCGCUACCUGGAGGACGCACUGCAGAUGGGGGACCAGACGGCCCCGCACAUCCUCAAGGCUCUGAGCAGAUGCAGUCUGAAGCAUUGCACAGCCCUGUGGCAGCUCCUGACUUCUCUCAAAUCAGAGAACAUGCUACGCCUCAAGAGGGACCCGUUUGUAGGGAUCCCUGAGCAGUAUAAGGAGGCUCUGGGGGAGGAGGAGAGGAGGCUGCUGAAGGAGUUCCUGUCUAAGGGCAGUGUGGACACCUGCCUGAUGGAGAUGCACGAGUUCCUGCUGCUGCACUUGAAGAGCGCCCACGCCCCCGAAACCUACAAACCCACCUGGGGGCUGAAGGACACGCUGGAGUCGUACCUGGAGCGCAAAGACGUGGACACCCCCCCGGACGUGGAGCUCUUCCCGGCCGAGAUCUGCCUGUCUCACUUUGUGGAGGCCUGGAAGUUUACGGCGAUGUUCAAACUGGAGCGCGGUCAGCGGUAGCCCCACGCCAUCGCUAAGCACUUCCUGAUCUUUUUUUUUUUCUUUUUUUUUGUAUGGUGCCUUUCCAUGUGACCCCAAUGUUAUAUUCCAGAUCCUCAUAUAAUGAACAAAUUGGUAAUGCAUACAGGUAUAGCUUUUCAGGAACCUUACAUUUGACACAGAGCCUACAGUUUGCCUUUAUUUAAAGCCUUUACACCAAUAGUCCUUGGCAGUGUUGAAGGACAGGUACAUGUUGAAGUGCAAUAUGUGUAUUUACAUACGCUGUGGUAUUGUAUAAAGAUAACUGUGACUUUUACAUGAAGCACUUUGGACCCUGUGUAUUUUCCAGGCUCCCAGAAUACUUCCUCAAUGCAGAAGCCCAUGCAUUUUUUUUUAGGAUAAUCAAAAGUUUUUCUCUGUCAUUUAGUAUGAACAAUAUAUGCUUGUAUCCAUUGAAUGCUAUAAGCUUUGUUUACACUUCAGAUUUUCAAUCAAUGUCAACAGUACUGAGUAAAAUAUGACUGAAAGUGUUAUAAUGGGAGAGGGGAUAUACUCAGGGAUUCUGUUGGAUCGAAAAAAAAAAAAAAAAAAACAAGACUGCAAAAUGACUUUCAGACUGCAGUGGAGCAGGGACUACUCCAGAUGCGUUAAUCACGUAUUUAAAGAAAACUCCAUUCAUUUUGCUGUUUUAAGCUGUACGAGGGCUGCAGGCUCUCCCACUCCACUCUGAAAUGUGUAGGUUUGUCAGGAGCAUUACUCGCGUGGGUCACCUUUGCGCUCACCUGACCCAGGGCUUUUCAUGUGCUUCGCCUGUUUUUUCCCCUUCUCGCGAGCACGGCUGCAAGACAGGAACGUUAGUCCUGUGUUCUUCUGCACUUUGAUACCUGUUACGUCCCCCCCCCCCC